ACCAAUUCCAAGGCCCAUGUCGUCGUAUUCUAGCAGGAAAAAUCUCGAAAAUAAAAGAAAUUAACGCCAACUUCGCUGUGGUAAUCGCAUCAUAUAUAUUUAUCUCCUACCGAAGCGUAAAGGCAAGGAUACAUACAAAAUCUUUCGACAAUGGCGGCAGACGAACGGAACAUGCCCUUUAUAAAACAUCUUGCAUCUAGUGAUCGCAAGAUACGAACCUCAGCCCUCGCUACCCUGCGCAAGUUUCUCGCAGCUCCUACCACGGCGCGGAAACUGACAGACCUCGACUACUUAAAACUAUGGAAAGGACUGUUCUAUAGCGUAUGGAUGUGCGAUCGCCCAAUCCCCCAGCAAAAUCUGUGCGCCGAGCUGGCUGGUCUCGUGGCCACCCUUCCUACCCCAAGCGACGACGAAUGCGCCAUCGUGAUUCCAUUCCUCCGCGCCUUCUGGGCUAUCCUAGCUCGCGAAUGGACCUCUAUCGACGUUCUACGCAUGGAGAAAUAUUUGUUGCUGGUGAGGCGCAUGUUUGGUGCCAGUUUGGCUUGGGUUGGCGACGGAAGGAAAGGGAAAAAGGGCAGCCGAUGGGCCGGUGAACGCGCCGACAGCAUGCUCCAGCUACUGGAACAAUGGCCGCUCGAAAAUACAGGUGACCUAUCUAAAGUACCUGUCGGUUUGCGACUUCACGUUCUGGAUUUAUGGGUUGAUGAGGCGGAAAAGCUAGAGUUACUAGCUGAGGAAGGAGACGAGAGCGCAGAGGAUAGCGGCAAGUUUCUAGAAAGGCUACGGACCAUCGUGGAGGUGCAAUCCAAGUCUACGUGUAAACCCGUGCGAUGUAGAGCGAAAGAAUCUCUAUCCGACGAGAGGUUACCGUGGAAUAGAGUUGGAUCGGAUGAUGAGGGUAUGGAUGGCAAUAACCAGGGCGAUGGGGACAGUUGGGAUGGAUUCGACGAUUGAGUCGUGACCUUGGUUUUACCCGUUGCCAAUUGCCAAGAGCGCGAACGUGGCAGGGUUUGGAGUUUAGGCGUUCAUGCGGAUGAAUAUAUCCAGGGUUGACGAUGCAUUGCCUGGGCGGUUGAAAAAAAGAUAAC